AACCAAAGCAACAAGCAUGUACUGGGACCUGAACGUACCGGCGGCCGUGGCGGCGGACCAGCAGUCGAAUUACUUGAUCGAAGUGGCUCGAUUAGGAAUUGGUGGCAUUGCGUUGAACGUCGAGUGCGACUUGAAGCGCGCUCCGGCCGCGGUCGACGACGUGCGGCUGUGGGAGCUCAAACAGUCCAAGAAAACCAAGCCUCAAUUGCAUGGACUGAGGAUAAUUGAUGGCCAUGCGCCGUCGUCUGUCCCGGUCGACGGGUUUGUUCGUCAAUUGAAGCGCGUGACACUUCAAUGCGACGACAUGAACGCAUUGCGGUCGUUGAACUCCAACAAGAGCGUGCAGGCGUACGACAUUGUGGCCGUGGAAGCGUUGUCCGGCCGCGUAUUUCAAUAUCUCUGCGAACAUGCCGACAUCGACCUCAUUUCGUUCGACAUGACAUGCCGUGUACCGUUCCAGCUGCGCAAGCCGAUGGUAGACGCAGCCAUCGCGCGAGGCAUUUGCUUUGAAAUCAAGUACAUGCACGCGCUGGGAGAUUCGAAUGGGCGGCGGUACUUUUUCUCGAACGCAAGCAGUCUCCUUCGCCUGACCAAAGGACGGAACGUGGUAUUUUCGAGCGGCGCCGUGCGGCAAAUGCUGCUGCGAUCGCCCUACGAUGUUGUCAACAUUGGCAUGCUUGUGGGGUUGCCAUAUACACAAGCGAGGGAAGCGGUUCAUGGCGCGGCAUUGGCCGUGAUUGCGCAUGGAGAGAUGCGGCGCACGAAAGGGUCGAUGGAAGUCCGAGCAACCACCACCACACACGCCGCCGAUGGAGAUGUCGACAUGGACGAAAUAUAGUUGUAUUAGUCGUCUUGCUCGUUCAUGUCAUCGUCCGGAAUGUGCUCGUCCUUGGUUUCUUCGUCGUCUUCUUCGAUGGACGUGUCGGGAGCUACGUUGUCUUCGUGUUCUGGGGGUGCAUCGAUGGAAGGACUUGCUUUCACGACAGGUUUCUUCGUCGACUUGGUAGCAUGCAGAAAGGUUUCCAAGGGUGUAACAAACGAAUCCAUGUCGACAUCGUGCAAGGCUUUGAUGACAUCUUGAGCAGAGAUUGUCUGGCGCUUCUUGGCUUUGCACUCUUCGUUCGCCCUAGACACACUCCCUGCAUGAAGUCAACUCGUGAACUCCACAUGGACAUACGCCGAGGUCAGGUACAGAAUGAACACGCCAGCUGCAGCUUGAACGGUCUCCCUCGCUUCCCUCGUCAUUCCAGCCUUGUUACCCAAGCACUCCUUCACUAUCCGAUUAACCGUCCCUAGCGGCAACGUAUACUCAAGCGGCGGCGCCAUCACGUCAAUCCAGCGCGCG